AUGCCGGAGGCGGCGCACAAGUUGGUCUCCGGCCGCGCCGAGGCGUUGACGGCGGGACAGACGCAGGCGCUGGUUCUGAUGGAGCGCAUGGGAGGCUCCAUCAGCCUGGUGGCCGUCGUCCUCAUCUUCAUCGCCUACGCUCUGGUCCCUCGAGUCCGCAACGUCCAAAACACCUUUAUCGUGUUUGCGAGCAUCGCCAAUGUCGGCGCUAGUAUCGCGAGCGUCAUCGCCAUGGACGGGCUCGAGCUGGGUGUUGCGUCUCCGCUGUGCCAGGCACAGAGCUUCUUGUUCCACAUGUUCAUGCAGUCCGACCCGUGGUGGUCCCUUGCCAUGGCCUUCAACGUCUUUCUCGUCUUCUUCUUCCGCACCAGCCCCGAUGCCUUUCGCAAAUGGUGGUGGCUGUACUGCCUCAUAUGCUAUGGUGGCCCUUUCAUAAUCGCUCUCUCGUUGCUGCUGGUUAGAAGCCCGGGCCGAGGACUUGUGUACGGUCAGGCAACUAUCUGGUGCUGGGUCAAUCAGGACUGGGAAAACAUCCGUAUAUACACCUACUACAUGCUCAUUUGGGUCUGUAUUGUUGGGUCCCUGAUCUUUUACUUCUUGGUCGGAUAUCAUGUCUUUCACUCUCGAAACCAGCUCAAGAGUUUCUCGGCAUCCAAGAGCAGAGAGGCGGGCGUCUAUGAGCAGCCUCGCGUCGACUUCCUCUCGGUGCCCCAAGACUGCUUCUACGGAACCAUCGUCACCGAAGUCCAGGUUAUCCACUCAACCGCAUCUACAUCUGCCCUACCCAACGAACCAAGACCCGCACAUAUGCAACAAUCAACACCUCACGUCUCCUUCGACGAGCUCCCCCCUCCGAUCCAGACAGCUCCGAGCCAAUACUUCUCCACCGUCACGUCCCCGGCCGGCAACCACCACCCCCAGAGGUCCCCGCUCCGCCGCAUCACGUCGGCGACCAACAAGACGGUCAACAAGUUUGUCGUCGAGGACCCCAUCAAGCGUGCCUACCUGCGUACUAGUUUCCUUUUCGCCCUUAGUGUGCUGGUGACUUGGAUCCCGAGCAGUUUGAACCGCAUCCACAGCUGGCUCGUCGGCACCUCGCCCUACGAGUACCACGUCGCCACAGCUGCAGUCUUGCCACUCCAAGGACUCUGGAACGCCGUCAUCUUUUUCGUGACGAGCUGGAGACCUCUGGGGGAGUGGAUCAGGGGCGCCCGCAAUUCUGGACGCUCGGAGGAGAUGGUAGAGACGGCGGUUGGCAACGCACCAGCCGAGACUUCGCAGGAGCCGACGGGGAGAGGCGGCGAGAGCUUUCUAGAUGAUGCCGAGUCUGGGAGUGAUGUUGAAUUACGCAGAAUGGGGGAGGCGCCUGGUAAGAGAUCGGCGAGUCUAUGA